GAGGGAGGUUAGGCUGGAGAAGGAUGGAGGAUUAGCUAGCGGAGAUUCCUGCAGGGCCCAAGACACUUGCCAGCACUUGUUGAAGAAAUGAAACAUAAAUAAAAGAGACUGUAGGAGCCAAAGGAGGUGCUGACUACUUGGUUCCCUUGAGCCAGUUUUCUUCUGACAACUUCGCCCAAGAUUUGUUGAAGGCAGGCGUGCCCAGUGUUCUGUGUGCUCUCUGUCCCAAUCGGCAUUGGGGAAGGUAUCCAGAGAUGUUUCCUUACUCACCAACCACGUGGUUAGUUCCUUGAGAGUGCCAGGGCCCUUUCCUGGGGGCUAGUUCUACUGGUUCACUGCAAGGGUGAGGGCAGACAACUCUCCUGGUGGCUCAGUCUUUGGUAGAAGCAGUAGGUAAUGUUUAUGAGAUGCCACUGGAUGGGUUCCUCCCGUCCAUUAACAGGACUACUCCACAAACAUGGCCCCUGGAAUGCCCGGUGGACAGAACCCGGUGACCUUUCCUUUAGAGAACAAUGAGGCCUGGGCAUUCUGAGGACUCCUAUUGGUGGAGAGAAUUUCUUCUCCCCAGAGCGAUAGGCUGGACGCUAAGGCUGACCUUUAUGGAUUCCCAAAAGGAGGACCUGAGCCUCCCUGGCAGUAAGUAAGGGACCUCUAGUCCCUGUCCCUCACUUUGUGCCCUUAACAUGGGGGACAAAUAGGGAAAAUAUUUUGCAUGGACAAAGGAGUAGUGACUGCUUGGGGUGCUAAGCAAUUAGAUGAUAAUCUUUCCUAGAAACAUAGGACCCCUGAGAUGCCGACUUAGCUCUUACGAUUUCUAGACCUAGUGUUUCUUAUCUGUAAAUAGCUAAAAUGGUCCUUUAAGUAACUGGGAAGUCUAGCAAGAGAAUGAGGAGGGAGGGAAGGAGUUGAGAGAGUAAUGGUGAUGAGGGCAAGAGAGGCAUGAGGCCUUACUUGAGCACAUCGGAUUUCUUUCUCACUGCCUUAGUGUGGGUCUCCUUGUGCGUUGGAUUCCUGGGGCUGUGUUCCUUGCUAAUAGGCAGCUGCAUACUCUUUCUGCAUUGGAAGAAGAACUUGCAGAGAGAAGAACACGCCCAGCAGUGGGUGGAAGUGAUGAGAGCUGCCAUGUUCACCUACAGCCCACUGUUGUACUGGAUAAACAAGCGGCGUCACCAUGGCAUGAACACAGCCAUUAAUACUGGCCCUCCCUUUGCUGGCACCAAGACCGAGACCGAAGUUCAGAAUUCAGAUUCUUUAUGGGAGCUGGAGAUCUCUGAAGGUGGGAACUGUAUUGUGCAAGACAGCAGUCCUAGGGGUGAAGCCUCUGGUCCCUUGCAACGUGCUUUGGUGGUUCCAAAGCAGCCCCAGCCUUCAACAAUGCCACAGCCUCGGACUGACUCCCCAGUCCCAUUACCCAUUUUUCAAGAGGUGCCCUUUGCCCUGUCCCUCCGCAACCUGCCUCCCACGCUGAACCACUCUGUCUCCUACCCUUUGGCCAACUACCCUGAGAAGAAAGUUCAUUUCUGUUCCCUCCCCAUACUGGCCCAUGGAACAAACUGUUUUAAUGCCAAGUCCUUUGCUUCAGAACUGUAGUCUCUUCUCAUUGAGGGUGGGAGCUGCAGGUACCAAAGGCUCCUUUUUGGUAGAAAGCAGAAAUAACCUCAAGGAGUUGGUAUUGGCAAAGAGGUUAGAGCCAU